CUAUUAAUCAUAUCUCCUUCUUACCUGUGGUACCCUAGUUAUUUAACUCGACUCUCUCUCGGUCUUCCUGGUUAUUUAACUCGACACACGCACACACACACUUUCUCUCUCUCUCAUUUUAUAUAUUUCCUUCCAUCUAGCUCCUUCCCAAGAGAACAUAUUUUGUGGAUCCCUUCAAAUCUCUCCAGACCAACCAUAAGUGCCAUUGCAGUUGCAGAGAGAACCCUAAUUUCGAAUCCUUUUCCCUCUCAAUAACCAUGGGUUCAAGGCAUUUCUGCACUUCUAGAAGACCCAAAUAUUGCCCUAAUAAGUAGGCCCCAAUCAUGAGUCUAUAACUGUGCUUCUUCUUUCAGAUUCAAUGGCGGAUACUAGCUUGGACCAGCUCCCUGAUAAAAGAGUUGCAGCUCGAUAUAUAAAAGGAGUGACCCUUGGUGAAGGGACUUAUGGCAUUGUUUUCAAAGCUCUCGACACUAAGACAAAUCAAACAGUUGCUAUCAAAAAAAUUCGAUUGGGGAAGCACAAGGAAGGCGUAAAUGUUACUGCACUAAGGGAAAUUAAAUUGCUCAAGGAGCUUAAAGAUCCUAAUGUAAUCGAGUUAAUAGAUGCUUAUCCUCACAAAGGAAAUCUGCAUCUUGUCUUUGAGUUCAUGGAGAGUGAUCUUGAAGCAGUUAUUCGAGAUCGUAACAUUGUCCUUUCUCCAGCUGAUAUAAAAUCAUAUAUGCAGAUGACACUCAAGGGCCUUGCUUAUUGCCAUAGAAAAUGGGUCCUUCACAGGGACAUGAAACCAAAUAACUUAUUGAUAGGAUCUGAUGGGCAAUUGAAACUUGCAGACUUUGGUUUAGCUCGCAUAUUUGGGAGCCCAGACCGCAAAUUCACUCACCAGGUUUUUGCGCGAUGGUAUAGAGCACCCGAGUUGCUUUUUGGGACCAAACAUUAUGGAGCUGGAGUGGAUGUUUGGGCUGCUGGUUGUAUAUUUGCCGAACUUCUCCUCCGUCGACCUUUUCUUCAGGGCUCAAGUGAUAUCGACCAGCUAGGGAAAAUCUUUGCAGCCUUUGGGACUCCAAAGCCAUCCCAAUGGCCUGACAUGAUUUACCUUCCUGAUUAUGUUGAAUAUCAGUUUGUUCUUGCACCACCACUUAGGUCUUUGUUCCCAAUGGCCAGUGACGAUGCCUUAGAUUUGAUCUCAAGAAUGUUUACUUAUGAUCCAAAAAACCGGAUCACGGUGCAACAAGCCCUAGAGCACAGGUAUUUUUCUUCAGUACCAGCACCGACAAAUCCAGUGUUGCUUCCAAGACCUGCAGCAAAGGGUGAAGCAGUUAAUAAUAUUCCAAGGCCUCCUGAUCUUAUUUCACAGGAAGGUCCAGUGGUACUCUCUCCACCAAGGAAGGCAAGGAGGGUCAUGCUUUUUCCCGGAUCUGAAGGGAAUGCUUAUGAAGAUGGGACAUUAUUGAAGCACUCUGCAGUCACAAGUGGAAAUACCGGUGGUUCUACAACUCAAAGCAAAUACAUGCCAAUGUCUGUAGAUGUGGAUGCUCUUUUUGGGUCAAAACCUCCACCUAGACCCACUAUUAGCAGCACGGACAGGUCACAUUUGAAGAGGAAACUUGAUAUGGAGCUUGAAUUUCAAGAUUCCCCCAAAUAAAGCAAUUUGUUUGUUGUUGGAUUCAACAGUGUAAUGCUUUUCCUCCAGCCAUCAUCAGCAACUAUGGUGAGGCCCAUUGCAGCAAUGCAUAAUUUUUCAUGCAUACAGGCUCCAAUUCAAGCUUUGCAUUUGAUUGAGAAAUAGAAGAGGAGCACUUCCCUGUUUGAAAUGGGAGUAAAGGUAUAUGAUGCUCAAGUAAGAAGUGAAUUCCAAAUAUUAUUUAACCAUGAGAGCUCUUGUAAUCCUGACUAGCGAUUGGCGGGAAUUAGAUGUGAGUUUGUUUUACUAAAUUUUGUAUGAUUGGUUAUACGAGGGCCACAUUGAUUUGACAGAAACAUAACUAUUUGCCA